AUGGCAAAUGCUUUCCUUCCUCUUCUUCUCCUUUGCAUACUUCUCCUUGGUCCUGCAACUUUUUCAGCUAGAAUAGGAAACCAUCAAAAAGCUCUCCCUUAUUUAGUGCCAAAAUUUCGAGUAUCGCCAGCCAAAGGGCUCAUUAGAGGAUUUAACUUGCAUCCAAAGCAGGACGUUAACAUUGUUGCGAAUGAUUUUGCUGCAGCAAAUGACUCAAGAAUUGUUGAAAAACCUUUGAAGCUUAAUAUUCUUGGUGCUCCUGACCCCAGCGUUGCAGAUUUGGGUCAUCAUGCUGGAUACUUUAACCUUCCCCACACUGUAGGAGCAAGGAUGUUCUACUUUUUCUUUGAAUCGAGGAGGAAGAAUAACUCUGACCCUCUUGUCAUCUGGCUGACUGGAGGACCGGGAUGCAGCAGUGAAUUAGCUCUCUUCUAUGAAAACGGCCCUUUUCAUAUAACUGAUGGCCUCUCCCUUGUGUGGAAUAAUUUUGGUUGGGACAAGAUAUCAAACAUCAUAUUUGUCGACCAGCCAACCGGCACUGGCUUCAGUUAUAGUUCCAGCAACGAUGAUAUUCGCCAUGACGAAAAAGGAGUCAGCAAUGACCUGUAUGACUUCCUCCAGGCCUUUUUUAGGAAGCACCCUGAGUAUACAAAGAAUGAAUUCUACAUAACAGGAGAAUCAUAUGCAGGGCAUUAUGUUCCUGCUCUUGCUGGACGAGUUAACCAAGGAAACAAGAAUAAAGAAGGAAUCCUUAUAAACUUGAAGGGCUUCGCUAUUGGUAAUGGACUCACAAACCCACUAAUCCAGUACAAGGGAUUGCCUGAUUAUGCUUUGGAACAUAAAUUAAUCAGUCAAUCAUAUUACAACGGCAUGCAGGAGUCCGUCACAGAGUGCGAAGAGGCAAUAGAAGCUUGCGGCACUAGUGGCACAGAUUCUUGUGAGACGGCGUAUGAACUGGGCAAUGAAAUAUUCGAUGAUAUAUUGAGUAGUGCUGGAAAUAUAAAUUACUAUGACAUCCGAAAGCAGUGUGAGGGUCAACUAUGCUAUGAUUUUUCAAAUGUGGAGAAUUUUCUGAACCAGGACACAGUGAGAGAAGCUCUAGGUGUUGGGCACAUUGAAUGGGUUUCAUGUAGUUCAACCGUGUACGAUGCAAUGGUUGAUGACUGGAUGAGAAAUCUUGAAGUAGAUGUUCCAGCAUUACUCGAAGAUGGAAUCAAGUUACUUGUGUAUGCAGGAGAGUAUGAUCUAGUAUGCAACUGGCUUGGAAACUCAAGAUGGGUUCAGGCCAUGGAAUGGUCUGGUCAGAAAGCGUAUUUAGCUGCUCCUAAUACUUCAUUUACAACAAAUGGUGUCGAGGCAGGAGUGCGAAAAGGCUAUGGUCCACUUACUUUUCUUAAGGUACUUAAUGCUGGACACAUGGUCCCAAUGGAUCAGCCACAAGCAGCACUGGAAAUGUUAGAGAGCUGGAUAAAAGGGAAGCUUUGACAGAGAAGGACGUUAACUGCACUUAAAUUGUGAUUUAUCCCAUACGAGCUGAAAAAAUAUGUAAAGUUUAUACAUAAUGUCUUCACUUUUUAUUUUCAAAAUGACAUCUAAACAUUACUUUAAACAUUCAAAGAGAUUUUGGUUGUUAUCUUA